AACCUGUUGUUGAGAGUGUUUUAGAGGGUUACAAUGGGACAGUGAUGGCUUAUGGUCAAACUGGAACUGGGAAGACUUAUACUCUCGGCCGAUUAGGUGAUGAAGAUACCUCUGCUCGGGGCAUAAUGGUUCGUGCGAUGGAGGAUAUACUAGCAAAUAUCUCACCUGAAACUGAUUCUAUCUCAGUUUCAUUCUUGCAGCUUUAUAUGGAAUACAUCCAGGAUUUAUUGAACCCAGCAAAUGAUAAUAUAUCAAUUGUUGAGGACCAGAAAACUGGUGAUGUUUCUUUGCCUGGGGCAACUGUCUGGGAGAUCAGAGACCAGCAAAGUUUCAUGCAACUCUUACGCUUAGGUGAAGCACAUAGGAUUGCUGCCAACACUAAACUGAACACUGAAUCUUCUCGGAGUCAUGCCCUUCUGAUGGUACAUGUGAAGAAGUCUGUAGUGGACAGGGAUGAAUUUUCUCUUGAUGCACAAAAUCGCUCAAUUGGUAAUUUGAGGCCUCCUAUGCUACGUAAAGGGAAACUGAUCGUGGUAGAUCUUGCUGGUUCUGAACGCAUUCAUAAAUCUGGAAGCGAGGGACACAUGCUAGAAGAAGCCAAGUCUAUAAAUCUUUCACUUAGUGCAUUAGGGAAAUGUAUAAAUGCCUUGGCAGAAAACAGUCCUCACGUCCCAGUUCGCGAUUCAAAGCUUACAAGGUUACUUAAAGAUUCAUUUGGAGGGACAUCCAGAACCUCAUUAGUUAUCACAAUCGGUCCUUCUCCACGUCAUCGAGCAGAGACUUCAAGUACCAUAAUGUUUGGGCAAAGGGCUAUGAAAGUUGAGAACAUGCUGAAGAUUAAGGAAGAAUUUGACUACAAGAGUUUGGCAAAGAGACUUGAGAUGGAAAUUGAUAAACUUAUGGCCGAGAAUGAAAGGCAGCAAAAGGUUUAUGAAAAUGAGAUUGAGAGAAUCAGAUUAGAAGCACAGAAACGUGUCGCUGAGGCUGAAAGGAAUUAUGUGGAAGCCUUAGAGGAGGAGAAAACCAAAUGUCAAAUGGAUUAUAUGGAGUCAAUUAAGAAGCUUGAGGAGAAGUGGACUAUCAACCAGCAAAAGCAUGCUGAGGUAGUUGGGUUUGGAACCAUCAUUUCCUUUAGUUGUGGUAACUUCCUCUCAUUUUUAACACGGCAAUAAAUUU